AUGGCUGAUAUGGACACGGAGACGUUGGCCAAGAUUGGCAAGGAGGAAUACGACCUUUUGCGACUUUUGCCAGAUGUCGAUGACGACGUCACUCGUCUCAAGUUUGAGCUCAUCUUAGCCGAGCACAACGUCCUCCGCUGUCAAAUCGCUCUUGUAAGUUUUUCUUGACAUGCAUUCUUCUUUUGAUGUGAUUCAUAAUUGAUGCAGAGCCAAUUUAUACUUGGGAGCUCCAUAGUGGUCCCUAUAGGGGUUUGGGGAGAAGAAAUUCCUUUUAGGGGCCGAAAAAGUGGUCCCUAUAGGGGUACAACAAAAAUGGUCGCUUUAGGGGUUUAGGGUCUGACCUCUUAGCCCCUAAACCUCGCAAAAAAAAAACUAACUGAAACUCUUAUAGGGAUCAAUUUUGCAAGCUUUAGAUCCCUAUAGGGAUUUCAUUUGAGAUAGAAUGGUGGGGACUGCCGUCCCCACACCCCUGCUAUUUUGCAAGUACGACAAAUGUCUUGUUCUUGUACUUGUACUUGCACUUUUACUUGUACUAGGUACAAGAUUUAUAUAUAUUUCAGUUGUAGUCUUUUACAAACAUUUUUUCCCAUUGUGUUUUCGUCUUUGUUUUUUCGAGCAACCGGUGAGAAAAUGGAGUGCAAAGAUAUGACAAAUUAUUUCACGUCAAGGCGAAUGCAGUAUACUUCAAAGUCUGAAAUAGUUCUGAGAGCCAGAUUGAAUUCGGUCUGAAAAAGCAGAAAGUCGAAUAAAAAAAGAAUUCUGAAAAACUCACUAUUUUAAUAUUAUGGAUGGUCAAAUCACGUGAACAACUCGCACUUACAGAAAAACGUAAAGAAGGAAGAGCCAGGCACGCCGCGCAAAAUCCUUUUCCUGGAGGACGAACUUGCUCAAGCCGAAAAGGAAUUGCAAGUCCUCAGAAAUCCCACAAACCAGUCCUGA